AUGAAGAAAUCAUAUUUUCUUAUGCGAAAUCAAGACUACGAGUACAAACCAGGUGAAUCAGUAGGAUGGUUCAACCUCGGCUCGAUAUUGACCAAACCCAACGACCCUGAGUCUUUACUAGAAGGAUACUCGAUUGUACCGCCUCAUCACGAUAUGCCGAUUAAAUUUGCUUGGAAACAAGAUUUCAAAAGCAAUUGUGAAGUGCGAACCUCACGAGGAUAUGGAAUUUUCGCAAAAUUUCUCGAGACCCUACUCGUCCCUCUGGGACUAAACAGCACCUACACUCGUGAUAGUAUGCGCGCAAAUGAGGUCUGCCUGCCACGGCUAGAGACAUACUUCAUGACGCCAACAAAACCUUACCUCGACGAAGUGUUGGGUACGCCGGCCGUUCAAAAGUUUCUUCGCGAGAAGAACUUUUUCAAUAGCCCAUACAUUGUCACUGGUAUCAGAGUUGCGAGGCAUGGCAGUGGCUCGAAUAUGACCAGUGAAUCUGUCGGUAUUGAUUUCGGUGUUGAUAUGGAUGCCGGGGCUGCUUCUGGCGUUCCGGGAAUACUGAGUGUUGGCCCCAGUGUAAGCCGCGCUGCUGGAGCAACAGAAAAGAACGAAUAUGCGACGAGCUCGAACUACAUCUACGCUUAUCGACUCGCGAAGAUCCAUUACUCAAUAAGCCAAAGUCGGGCCAAGUUGGCGUAUAUGAAAGGCGAGUUAUACGACUUUGAUGGUUCAGAACAACUUUGUCUACCCGCUGAAGCGAGCAUAACGACAUGUGAGGCUCGUAUGGACUUAAUCGAAGGAUGGGUGCCAACUGGAUAUUUGGCUCUUGAAUUAAAGGACGAGGAUGAAGAGCCAUGUCAGAUACUCCUGUCAAAAGCCUAA